AUGGCGCAACGCAAGAUCUCGGUAGCUGAGAUCUCAUCUCACAGCGCAGACACCGACUGCUGGAUAGUCGUGGACAACCAAGUAUGGGACAUCACCAAAUUCGCCCACGAGCAUCCUGGCGGUCCAGGGAUCAUAUACAAGUACGCGGGUCGGGACGCCACCCAGGCGUACAAUGAAAUCCACUCUCCAGCGAUAAUCAGAAACAACCUUCCUGCAGACGCCCUCAAGGGAGUGCUGGACAGAUCCACAAUCACUGAGGAAUGGUCACAACCUCUUCCCACCGAGACACCCAAAGCCAAAUCAGAUUCGAGCCCCAAUAAGCCACCGUUAGAUUCACUGAUAAAUGCCCACGAUUACGAACUCGCCGCCCGGAACAGCGCUACCGCAAAGACAUGGGCAUUCUACUCCUCUGCCGCCAACGACCUGAUAACGCGAGACCUCAAUGCCAGCCUCUUCAGUCGCGUGCUCUUCCGCCCACGUGUGAUGCGUCGCGUGGACAAGAUCAACCCCGAAACCACCAUUCUGGGCCAUCCCGUCUCCUUUCCACUGAUGAUCUCUCCCGCCGCAAUGGCGCGCUUGAUCCACCCAGACGGCGAACUCGCCAUCGCACGGGCUGCAAAGGAGAAGCACAUCGUGCAAUGCAUCUCCAACAACGCUAGCUAUUCUGCAAGUGAAAUCGUCUCUCAACCUUCUGUUUCGAGCUAUCCAUUUUUCUUCCAGUUAUACGUCAAUCGCGAGCGGCCCAAAUCCGAACAACUCCUCCGCAAGAUCCACCAGCACCAGAACGUCCGCGCGAUAUUUGUCACGACUGAUGCCGCGGCGGCGGGGAAGAGGGAAGCCGAUGAGCGGGUCAAGGCUGAUGAAACCAUCCAAAAUCCAAUGAUGACCACCAAGGCCAAGAACGACAAGAAAGGUGGCGGCUACGGACGGCUUAUGGGCAGCUUCAUCGACCCGAACCUGAACUGGGAUGAUAUUGCCUGGUUACGGUCUCAAACCAAACUCCCGCUCUUGCUAAAAGGCAUAAUGUCCGCAGACGACGUGCGUCUAGCCCUUGACCACGGCCUCGAGGGCGUAGUCCUAUCAAACCACGGCGGAAGGAACCUCGAUACGUCACCUCCGGCCCUGCUCGUCCUGCUCGAAAUCCACGCACGCUACCCGGAAAUAAUCACGCAGCACCACCCUACCUCCCCGGCCGUCCGGUCCGGCCACUCAAAGCCGUUCAGCAUCUUCAUCGACGGCGGCAUCCGCCGCGGCACGGACAUCCUCAAGGUCGUCUGUCUGGGCGCCGUGGCCGCCGGCAUCGGACGCCCCGCCCUCUUCGCCACGGGAUACGGCCAGGACGGCGUGGAGCAACUGCUCGACAUCCUCAAGGACGAGUUCGAGGUCGCCAUGCGGAAUAUCGGCGUGACCAGCCUGCUUGAGUGUGGGCCGCAAUACGUCAAUACAGGGGCGAUCGACGACCUGGUCGUGAAGACACGGGACCAUCCGUAUGCAGUGUCUUGGGCGCAAGACCCGAGGACCGCGCGGAGGACUAGUCUAUUCGGAGCGGGGAGGGAGAGCAAGUUGUAA